AAAACAUUGUUACAUAAAAUAGAAGUCAUCCAAAAUCAGGCAUUGAAAAUUUGCACUGGGGCUAUGAGGUCAACUCCUGCUGUGUCAUUACAAGUUGAAAUGGGGGAGCUACCAUUGAAACUAAGAAUUAAACAGCUGAUGCUUAACUAUUGGGUGAAAAUACAGGGUUGUGUAGGUGUAGAGAACAUGGUUAGGAGGGCUAUUGAUCCUUGUUGGGAAAGUGAUAAUGGGACAAAUGAAAGUGCUGCUUGGAAAUUAGCUAGGUUAGCGAGAAAAGCAAAUAUUCAUGGCAAAACCCUAGUUAAGACGUUUUUGUACCCGACCACUCCUUUCUGGAUUUUUCCAACUGCGCAAGUGGAUUUGUAUCUCCAUAGAACAAUGGAGGAUAGAAAAGGGAAGGGAAACUGGGAUGAGAUAACAGCAGACAGAUUAGACACAGUCCAUGCUUCAUUUAUACCCAUAUAUACAGAUGGAUCUAAAGACCCAGAAACAAUGCGAACUGGUUUUUCUUUCUGUAUCCCUACAUUGGACAAAUCUGUUGGAGUUAAGACGUCAAAGGAUCUUUCAGUUUUUACAGUUGAAAUGUUGGCAAUAUCAUAUAGUUUACACUGGCUAGAACAGAAAAGAAUUGGGGAUGGUAUAAUUUGUUCAGAUUCAUUGUCAGCUUUGAUGUCUCUGAAGUCAUACAAUUCUGAGAGCAGAUCAGAUAUUUUAUAUGAAAUUUAUGAGAGUUUGAUCAGGUUGGCAAACUUGAAAAUAAACAAUAGAUUCAUGUGGGUACCAGCACAUAGGGGGGUGGAGGGAAAUGAAAUGGCUGACUUCCUGGCAAAAAGGGCAUUGAAACGGGGAAUAGAGAUGGAAAUUCCAUUAGGUAGGACAGAAUUUAGGGCAAUUGUUAGGAGGCGUAUUAUGGAAGAAUGGCAGACACGAUGGGAAAGGGAGAGGAAAGGAAGACAUCUAUUUAGUAUUCAGGACAGAGUAGGGAGAGGUAUGAAUGUCAGAGUAAACACCAGAGAUAUCUGCAUAAUAUCACGGUUGAGGAUGGGACACACUGGUUUAAAUAAUACAUUGCAUCUGAUAGGGAAACAUCCAACUGGUUUGUGUGAGUGCGGGAGAGGGGAAGAGUCGGUGGAGCAUGUUCUAUGUCAGUGUGAACUGUAUAGGGAGGAAAGACGACAACUGGAAAGUAGGGUACGGAUGAUAGAGGGUGAGCAAAUGACUUUAAAGAAGCUUUUGGGAGGGGAGGAGAAUUUAAAUGGUGCAAUUAUAGGUUUUUUGAAAAGAACUAGGUUAUUGAGGAGAAUUUCGUUUUUUUUUUGUUUUUUUUUUUUAAUUUUAUUUUAUUUUAUUUUUUUUUAAGUUACAUUUGGUUAGGUAAUCCCCACUCUGACCCACACUCCAACACAGUAGGUGGCGGUAAUGCACCUUCACGUUAGUGCCUCCCGCCAAUAAAAUCACAAGAAGAAG